AUAGUGUAUACAGGCUGACACGCCGCACUGCUAUUUAAUUCUCAGGACUAGACGGAAGGUCGAAAUAACAGGGCGGCCAUGUUGGAUUUUCAGUGAACUUCUCGUGUGACCCCACACCAGAAAUGCAUCCCCGGCGCAGUGCCCAGGACGUCCUACUGUGUGACCUCUGUAAAACUGCCCCCCUACAGAGUCACUGUAAACUUUGUCAUAUAAAUCUCUGUGUUAUCUGUGUCGGUAAACAUCUCUCCGAUUCCUCUAAAGAUCACAAUGUCGUGCCCUUUAUAAAACACAUAAAGUCUACCCCUAACUACCCAAAAUGUCCAAAACACGCCGAAAAACAUUGUGAAAUGUUCUGUGAGAAAUGUGACAUUCCUGUCUGUUCUACCUGCAUCUCCUCAGAUAAACACAGAGGCCACAAAAUAUCAGAUGUUCUGGAAAAACUCGGAUCUAAAACAGAAAGUUUACAAAAAGAUUUAGAAGAACUCGAGACCAGAAUUUACCCGCGAUAUGAAGAAAUGGCGUCCGAUGUCCAAACUGGGAAAGCUGAGUUAGAAACGAAAUACGGAAAACUGACAACAGAGGCCAAUCAACAAGGAGAAAUCUUACACCGGGAGAUUACCACCAUUGUCAACAAGAGGAAAUCCGACAUUGCGGAGAUGAAAAACAAACACCUGGCCGCUCUCAAUAAAAAUACAGAUGAAAUUACAAACCGAAUUACAGAACUCAGACAGAUCAUUCAGGACCUGAAGAAAAUACUGGACUCCAAUGACGUCUCCUUAACCUCAUCUUACAAAUCUAGGAAUUCCGAAUUUAGAACAUUACCGCCUAAAGUCCGAGUCACAUUACCGAGUUUCUCUCCUCAGAAAAUAAACAAAGAUCAGCUCAAUGAAAUGUUCGGUUCUCUGUCGCCAUUAUCCAUUAACACAGAACAUGGCGACACAAUGAAGUCAGCAGAAGCUGUAUCGUCUCCUCCAGUCAAACCAUUACUUGAUGAACCGCGCCUCACCGCCACCAUAGACACUGGGUAUAGCCCAUACAGUGUUAGCUGUCUGAGUGAAGAUCAAGUCUGGACACGCGGGGAGAACGAAACCAUGAAGCUCCUCAACCUCCGGGGUAAACUACUGACAUCAAUAAAAACCAAGUCAGGGAACAUACCACAGGACAUAGCAGUGACACGGGACGGAGAUCUUGUUUAUACUGACUAUAUCACUAGAACUAUAAACUUAGUUAGGAAUAAACAGAUACAGACCGUGAUCACACUACAGGGGUGGAGACCUGGCUAUGUGUGCUGUACCGCCUCUAACCAUCUCCUGGUUACCAUGGUCAGUGAUGAUGGAAAACAAUCCAAAGUCGUGCGUUACUCCGGCUCCACAGAGAAACAAAGCAUUCAGUUUGAUGAUCAGGGUCGUCCUCUCUACUCAUCUGGUGGUGAUAAAUACCUCAGUGAGAACAGGAACCUGGAUAUCUGUGUGGCUGACAAUAAAGCUAGUGCAGUAGUGGUGGUCAAUCAGUCAGGAAAACUCCGAUUUAGAUACACUGGUCAUCCCUCUAAUACCAAGCAAUCAUUUAAACCAGUCGGCAUCACUACAGACAGCCAGAGUCACAUCCUGACAGCAGACUGUGACAAUGACCGUAUCCACAUCCUAGAUCAGGAUGGACAGUUCCUCCGCUACAUUCACUGUGAUUUACGCUGGCCAUGGGAUUUAUGUGUGGACAUCAGAGACAACCUCUUUGUGACUUCUGCAGAUAAUAAAGUGAGGAAAAUUCAAUAUCUAUAAACACAGUGUUAAUUACAGAUCUCAGCACGGUGUUAAUUACAGCUCUACACAGUGUUAAUUACAUUUCUAAACACAGUGCAAUUUACAGCCUUGUGUUAAUUACAGUGCCAUGUUAAUUACAGUUCUGUGUUAAUUACAGUUCCUUGUUAAUUACAGCCCUGAGUUUGUGAUGUGUAAUUAACAUGUUCUUGUGUUUGUGUGUGUAAGGAUAGAACACUAGUCUCUCACUGCUGUUCAGUAAUUAUAUCUUACAAUAUCUGUAUUAUAAUUAAUGAGACACUGUUAAUCUUAGUAUACUAAUUACAUGUACUUAUCUAUUGACACAGUAGUUCUGUACUUGUGUUUGUGUGUGUAAGGAUAGAACACUAGUCUCUCACUGCUGUUUAGUAAUUAUAUCUUACAAUAUCUGUAUUAUUAUAAUUAAUGAAACAUGAUUUAUCUUAGUAUACUAAGGCCAAAUAAUUAAUCAACAGUUUCUCAGGCCCCAUCACAUCUGUUGAAAAUUAUCCACGUGGAUUUUUAUAAAAUCUAUAUUAGUUUAUUUAAGUAAAUGAGGUAACACUUGUGUUAUAGAUAUUUAUGUAAAAGUUUCAGAAAGUUUUUAUAAAAUUGUAGGUAUCUUUUUGAUCAAAUCCAUUGUUUCAUUCUACAGUCAACAUAAAAACAAAAGAUAACUCAUGCCACAACCAAGUAAAAAAAAAACCAGCCUGCCUCAUCAAAAUUUUUAUUUUUCGCCUGAGAAACUACUUAUUAAUUUUUUGAUCCAAUUACUAAUUUCAUUGUGUUACUAGUUUCUGAUUUCUAUACUUUAUACUACUACAUGUGGCAUCUUACAAGUUGUCAUCUCAAAAGCUUACAGAAGGUAGAAACUGAUUAUUCAGAACGACUUAUGAGGCUGAUCGUUGGGAAAUAACAUUUUGGAUUCUAGAAUGUACAAAAGAUCUAUACAAGCUAUCCACACUUCAGGUGCCUGUGAUUUGAGUGUGUUACUAGUUAUUUAUCUCUAUACAAUUCUUUAAACACAUGUGAGUCACUGAAUACAAUUUGAUGAAGGUAAAUCAGUUAUAGUGAAGUACUUAGGAUUUAUAGUUAUAGUCAGUAUUUUGUGUGUAGUCUUGAAUUAUAGUACAUUCACAACUGAGUACUUACAUGUACGUGUAUACUUGUUUUCAUGUGAUGAACAGCUGAUGGAAUGUUAUUCUGUUUGUUAAUUAUAUCCUUAAUUUUGUGUGUUAUUUUUUAUGUGUAUAUAUGAUAGAUAAACAUAGAGUUACAAUCUUACAUUAUUACUGAAUACUUACUUAGAUUUAUAGUACUGUAGCAGUGACCCCAAACAUCCUCCAUCACAGAUCUUCAGAUUCAAGGUCACAGUCUUCUGUUUACCACCAACAAGGUCACAACACUCCACAGUCCUACAAAAUCAACACAGACAAAGUGUAUUCAUGUCAAACUGUAUUGUCAAGAAUUGUCUGUAUUUCAGAACUUUUAAAAUUAUUUUCAAAAAGUUCAGUCUAUUA